AUGUACGCCCCAGAGGAGCCCACAGGCGCCCUGAGGCGUCUCCGGAGCCGGCUCUGCUCAGGCACCAAGGACGCGCGCGGAACCAGCCCGCCUGCCCUGCCCAGCGACCCAGACCGAAGCGGUCCCGAGGUCAGUCCCGCGCCCGCCGCUCCGCGGGGUCUGCGCCCGCAGGGCGGGGGCGCCGCGCGGAGCUGGGGGCGCGGGAAGGGUCCCCGCGGGGAGGGCGGGGGCGCCCCGGGAGGAGGGAGCACCUGUGGAGUCACCAUGCUGCCUCUGAGCACCAUCGAGAGCCAGGAACCCGAGGAGGAGGUGCAGACCAAGCCGCCGAAGAAAGGAGGCUUUUUUUCUAAGAAGUCUGAUGCUCUGCCGAAGAAGUCCAAGAAAAUGAAGGGAACCGUGUCCUUCAGAGUCCUGCCGUUCUGCCCCGUGGCCCCCUGGACUUCUACGGAGCCAGCCCUGCCCGGGCCCCCAGGACCAGCGGUGAGCAAGCCGGCGCGCUCCAGCCCAGACGUCGAGCCCGAGCCCGGGUCCGGAGGUCGGUCCCGCGGCCGCAGAUCCGAAGGGUCCGGCCAUCAAGGGAGGGCCUGCCGCGUCAUGAUGCUGCCUCUGAGCACCAUCGAGGACAAGGAAACUGAGGAGGUGCAGACCAAGCCUCCGGAGAAAGGAGCCCUGCUUUCUGAGAAUCCUGAUGAGCCUAAGAAGAAGCCCAGAGGAAUGAGAGGAAGACUGUCUUUCAAAGUUCUGCCGUUCUGUCCCAUACCGAGUGUCUGCUUCAGCUACUACGUGGAGCCGGAUGAUGACGUCGAGCCUGAGCCUGAGCCUCAGCCUGAGCCUCCGGUGGCUCCUGACGCUUCGAAGUCGGACCCGAAUUGCACCGUGGUCCCCAUGCCUGUGCUGGAGUUCCGCGAGGUCAAGGUGUGCGAGUGUCCCCUCUGCUGCCUCAGCUUCGUCACUGCUUCCUAAGCCCCGAGGGCCCUCCGCUUCCCGCUCCUGACUGCGCGCCCCCGAACCAUGCAUGCUGGGCUACCGUGACGCAAAAUCCCCCAAUGCAGCGGCUUCAAUAAACUCAACUUGCUGUCUCUC